AUGGCCACCCCUGUGGUCACCAAGACAGCCUGGAAACUCCAGGAAAUUGUCGCCCACGCCAGCAAUGUGUCGUCCUUGGUGCUGGGCAAAGGCUCCGGGCGGCUGCUGGCGACAGGAGGGGACGACUGCCGCGUCAACCUGUGGUCCAUCAACAAGCCCAACUGCAUCAUGAGCCUGACGGGGCACACGUCCCCAGUGGAGAGCGUCCGCCUCAACACGCCCGAGGAGCUCAUCGUGGCCGGCUCCCAGUCCGGCUCCAUCCGCGUCUGGGACCUGGAAGCUGCCAAAAUUCUCCGCACGCUCGUGGGACACAAAGCCAACAUCUGCAGCCUGGACUUCCACCCCUACGGCGAGUUUGUGGCCUCGGGCUCCCAGGACACAAACAUCAAGCUCUGGGACAUCAGGAGGAAAGGCUGCGUCUUCCGGUACCGGGGGCACAGCGAGGCCGUGCGGUGUCUCCGGUUCAGCCCCGACGGGAAGUGGUUGGCAUCGGCUGCAGACGACCACUCAGUGAAGCUCUGGGAUCUGACUGCCGGCAAGAUGAUGUCCGAGUUCCCUGGCCACACGGGGCCCGUCAACGUGGUGGAGUUCCACCCCAACGAGUACCUCCUGGCCUCCGGCAGCUCCGACAGGACCAUCCGCUUCUGGGACCUGGAGAAGUUCCAGGUGGUGAGCUGCAUCGAAGGGGAGCCGGGGCCUGUCAGGAGCAUCCUCUUCAACCCCGACGGCUGCUGCCUGUACAGCGGCUGCCAGGACUCGCUGCGCGUCUACGGCUGGGAGCCCGAGCGCUGCUUUGACAUGGUCCUCGUCAACUGGGGCAAGGUGGCCGACCUGGCCAUCUGCAACAACCAGCUGAUCGGCGUGGCCUUCUCCCAGAGCAACGUCUCCUCAUACGUGGUGGACCUGACCCGGGUCACCAGGACAGGCACGGUGGCCCAGGACCCCGUGCAGGACAGCCGGCUCCUGGCGCAGCAGCCGCCCCUCCCCACCGCCCCCCUCCGGCGCAUCUACGAGCGGCCCAGCACCACCUGCAGCAAGCCUCAGAGGGUGAAGCAGAACUCGGAGAGCGAGCGCCGCAGCCCCAGCAGCGAGGACGACCGGGACGAGCGGGAGUCCCGCGCGGAGAUCCAGAACGCCGAGGACUACAACGAGAUCUUCCAGCCCAAGAACAGCAUCAGUCGGACACCGCCUCGAAGAAGCGAGCCCUUCCCAGCACCCCCCGAGGAUGACGUGGCCACAGCCAAGGAGGCAGCAAAGCCCAGCCCAGCCACGGACACGCCGCUCCCCGUGCCAAACCUCGAGGUCCCACCCUGGCCCCAGGUCGUCACUUCCACCCCCGCGCCCAAGGCCGAGCCCACCAUCAUCCCCGCCGCCCGGAACGAGCCCAUCGGCCUCAAGGCCUCCGACUUCCUGCCGGCCGUGAAGAUCUCCCAGCAGACAGAGCUGGUCGACGAGGACGCCAUGUCGCAAAUCCGCAAAGGCCAUGACACCAUGUGCGUGGUGCUCACCAGCCGUCACAAGAACCUGGACACCGUGAGGGCCGUGUGGACCACGGGCGACAUCAAGACGUCGGUGGACUCGGCCGUAGCCAUCAAUGACCUGUCGGUGGUGGUAGACCUCCUUAACAUCGUCAACCAGAAAGCCUCCCUGUGGAAGCUGGACCUGUGCACCACGGUCCUGCCGCAGAUCGAGAAGCUCCUGCAGAGCAAGUACGAGAGCUACGUCCAGACAGGCUGCACCUCCCUGAAGCUGAUCCUACAGCGCUUCCUGCCCCUCAUCACGGACAUCCUGGCCGCCCCGCCCCCUGUGGGGGUCGACAUCAGCCGGGAGGAGAGGCUGCACAAGUGCCGGCUCUGCUACAAGCAGCUCAAGAGCAUCAGCGGCCUCGUCAGGAGCAAGUCGGGCCUGAGCGGCCGCCACGGCAGUGCCUUCCGGGAGCUGCACCUGCUCAUGGCCAGUUUGGACUGA